AUGCGUCCCGAAGUUGAGCAAGAGCUCGCUCACACCCUGCUCGUCGAGCUCCUCGCCUACCAAUUCGCCUCACCCGUCAGAUGGAUCGAAACUCAAGAUGUCAUCCUCGGCGAGAAGACCACCGAGCGCAUCGUCGAAAUCGGCCCUGCCGACACCCUCGGCGGCAUGGCCAAGCGCACUCUGGCCGCGAAAUAUGAAGCAUACGAUGCCGCCCGAUCUGUCCAACGUCAAAUCCUGUGCUACAAUAAAGACGCAAAGGAUAUCUACUACGCCGUCGACCCCGUUGAGGACGAGCCAGAGGCACCCGCAGCGAGCGAUGGCGGAGAUGCUCCCGCCUCAUCUGGAGGCUCCGCGCCAGCCCAGGCUGCUCCCGCCGCUGCUCCUGCGCCUUCCGCGAGCUCGGGGCCAGCCGCUCCUGUUGAGGACGCUCCCGUUGGUGCCGUUGACGUUCUGCGGGCAAUGGUGGCCCAAAAGUUGAAGAAGCCGCUUCAGGACAUCCCGCUCAGCAAGGCCAUCAAAGACUUGGUCGGCGGCAAAUCCACUCUGCAGAAUGAAAUCCUCGGAGAUCUCGGCAAAGAAUUCGGCUCGACCCCCGAGAAGCCAGAAGACACACCCUUGGACGAGCUAGGAGCUGCCAUGCAGGCCACAUUCAACGGUCAGCUCGGCAAGCAGUCCUCCUCUCUCAUUGCUCGCAUGGUCUCCUCGAAGAUGCCAGGAGGCUUCAACAUCACGGCCGUGAGAAAACACCUCGAGACCAAGUGGGGUCUGGCGUCGGGCCGACAAGAUGGUGUGUUGCUGUUGGCCAUGACAAUGGAGCCCGAGAAGCGUCUUGGAUCCGAAAACGAUGCAAAGAGUUAUCUUGACGACAUGGCGCAGAAGUAUGCCUCUCAGGCCGGCAUUAACCUAUCAUCCGGCCCCGCUGCCGGAGAAGGUGCGGCUGCGGGAGGCAUGAUGAUGGACCCUGCCGCACUCGAAGCCCUCACCAAAGAUCAAAAGGCUCUUUUCAAGCAGCAAUUGGAGCUACUUGCCAGAUAUCUGAAAAUGGACUUGCGAGCCGGCGACAAAGCUGCCGUGGCCAGCAAGGAGAACGAAGCUGCCCUCCAAGCACAACUGGAUCUCUGGAGUGCGGAGCACGGUGAAGCCUAUGCCGCAGGCAUCGAGCCCGCCUUCAGCCCACUCAAGGCUCGCGUUUACGACUCUUCGUGGAACUGGGCCCGCCAAGAUGCGCUCCGCAUGUACUACGACAUCAUCUUUGGUCGAUUGCAAGCCGUGGACCGUGAGAUUGUCAGUCGGUGUAUCCUCAUCAUGAACCGAUCCAACCCUGCCCUUCUGGACUUCAUGCAGUAUCACAUCGACCACUGCCCCACUGAACGUGGCGAGACCUACCAACUGGCCAAGAUGCUCGGCGAGCAACUCAUUGACAACUGCAGGGACGUUCUUGGUGAGGCACCAGUAUACAAGGACGUCGCCGUGCCUACGGCCCCGCACCUAGACAUUGACGCCCGAGGCGACAUGAAGUAUGAAGAGAUCCCCCGUGCCAGCGUCCGCAAACUUGAACACUAUGUUCAGGAAAUGGCGGAAGGUGGAAAGAUCUCGGAGUACGGCAAUCGCACGAAGGUCCAGAAUGACCUGCAGCGCGUCUACCGACUCAUCAAGCAGCAACACAAGCUCUCCAAAUCUUCUCAGCUCGAGAUCAAGCAGCUUUACAGCAACAUUGUUCGCUCUCUGUCCAUGAACGAGGGCCAGAUCAUGCCCAUGGAGAAUGGCCACGCCAAAACAAAUGGCAUCAAAGCGAACGGUGUCAAGAAAGCGGGCAGAAAUGGCAGAGUGAAUGGCGCUACCAAGCAAGGGAAGGUGGAGACCGUCCCCUUCCUACACCUAAAACGAAAAGAGGCGCACGGCUGGGAAUACAGCAAGAAGCUCACAGGAGUCUACCUCGAUGGCCUAGAGCAAGCCGCUCGAGCCGGCGUUACCUUCCAAAACUCCAACGUGCUUAUGACUGGUGCCGGCGCUGGCUCAAUCGGUGCUGAAGUGCUGCAAGGCCUCCUCAGUGGUGGUGCUCGAGUUCUUGUUACCACAUCGCGUUUCUCUCGCGAAGUUACGGAGUACUACCAAAGCAUCUACGCCCGUUACGGAGCUCGUGGCUCUCAGCUCGUCGUUGCCCCGUUCAAUCAAGGCAGCCAACAGGAUGUCACCGCCCUGGUCGAUUACAUUUACGACGAAAAGAAAGGUCUGGGAUGGGACCUCGACUACAUCGUCCCGUUUGCCGCAAUUCCUGAAAACGGGCGCGAAAUUGACAGCAUCGACAGCAAGUCGGAGCUCGCUCACAGAAUCAUGCUGACGAACUUGCUUCGCAUGCUCGGCGCGGUCAAGACCCAGAAGGCCACCCGCGGCUUCGAGACCCGACCGGCCCAGGUCAUCCUCCCGCUCUCGCCCAACCAUGGAACUUUCGGCAACGAUGGCCUUUAUUCCGAAUCCAAGCUUGCCCUCGAAACCCUGUUCAACAGAUGGCACUCCGAGAGCUGGGGCAACUUCCUCACCAUUUGUGGUGCCGUCAUUGGCUGGACUCGUGGCACGGGUCUCAUGGGCGGCAAUAAUGUCGUUGCAGAGGGUGUCGAGAAAUACGGCGUUCGCACCUUCUCGCAACAAGAGAUGGCAUUCAACAUCCUUGGUCUGAUGGCUCCUUCCAUUGUCAAUCUUUGCCAACAAGAGCCAGUAUUUGCUGAUCUCAAUGGAGGUCUCCAAUUCUUGCCCAAUCUCAAGGACCUCAUGACUCGACUGCGGGAAGAGAUUACGGAGACAUCUGAGAUCCGUAAAGCUGUCACCCGUGAAACCAGCUUGGAGAACAAGAUCGUGAACGGUGAGGACAGCGAAGCUUUGUACAAGACUGUCAAGGUCGCGAAGCGCGCAAAUCUCAAGUACGACUUCCCGGAACUGCCGGACUGGAAGACCGAUGUAGAGCCUCUCAACCACGAUCUCAAGGGUAUGGUUGAUCUGGAGAAGGUUGUCGUCGUGACUGGCUUUGCCGAGGUUGGCCCGUGGGGUAACUCACGAACGCGCUGGGAGAUGGAAGCCUAUGGUGAAUUCUCACUAGAGGGCUGCAUCGAGAUGGCGUGGAUGAUGGGCCUCAUCAAGAACCACAACGGGCCACUCAAAGGCCAGAGCUACUCGGGAUGGGUGGAUGCGAAGUCUGGUGAGCCGGUGGACGACAAAGACGUCAAGUCGAAGUACGAAAAGCACAUUCUCGAGCACUCCGGCAUCCGCCUCAUCGAGCCUGAAUUAUUCAAAGGCUACGAUCCCAAUAACAAACAGCUCCUUCAGGAGAUCCAAAUUGGCGAAGAUCUGGAUCCGUUCGAAUCCUCGAAAGAGACCGCUAUGGAAUUCAAGCGGGAGCAUGGCGACAAUGCUGAAGUAUUCGAGCUCGAGUCGGGCGAGUACACAGUCCGGCUGAAGAAAGGAGCGACCUUGUUCCUUCCAAAAGCUCUCCGCUUCGAUCGUCUGGUGGCCGGCCAGAUCCCGACAGGUUGGGAUGCGAAGAGAUACGGCAUCCCAGACGAUAUUGUCGAUCAGGUCGACCCUGUUACGCUCUACGUCUUGGUUUCGACAGCCGAGUGUCUGAUGGCAUCUGGCAUCACGGACCCAUACGAAUUUUACAAGUACGUCCACAUCUCAGAGGUCGGAAACUGCAUUGGAUCCGGUAUCGGCGGUACCUCCGCUCUGCGCGGUAUGUACAAAGAUCGUUUCCUGGACAAGCCAUUGCAGAAGGACAUUCUCCAGGAGUCUUUCAUCAACACCAUGAGUGCUUGGGUCAACAUGCUUUUGAUGUCGUCCACCGGACCCAUCAGGACGCCCGUCGGAGCCUGUGCUACUGCGGUCGAGUCCAUUGAUAUCGGCUACGAUUGUAUCGUCGAGGGCAAGGCGCGUGUCUGCUUCGUCGGCGGCUUUGACGACUUCCAAGAGGAAGGCUCGUACGAGUUUGCAAACAUGGGAGCCACCAGCAAUGCAGUCACCGAGUUCGAGCAUGGCCGCACGCCUGGGGAGAUGUCGCGGCCGACCACGACCACUCGCGGUGGUUUCAUGGAGUCUCAAGGCUGUGGUAUGCAACUCAUCAUGGACGCCAAGCUUGCUCUUGAUAUGGGUGUCCCCAUCUACGGUAUCCUUGCGUUCACCGCCACCGCUACUGACAAGAUUGGUCGCUCUGUGCCGGCGCCGGGCCAGGGUGUUCUCACCACUGCUCGUGAACAGCCCUCCAAAUUCCCAUCUCCUUUGCUCGACAUCAAGUACAGGAGGCGUCAACUGGAACUGAGGCGCAAGAACAUCAAGAACUGGCAAGAGUCCGAAGUCAUGUACCUGCAGGAAGAGGUCGCAGCAAUGAAGCAGCAAGGCGCUCAGUUCGACGAGACCGAGUACCUGAACGACCGUGCUGCUCAUAUUGAGCGCGAGGCAAAGCGGCAGGACAAGGACGCGUUGUACAGCCUCGGCAACAACUUCUGGAAGCAAGAUUCCCGCAUUGCCCCCCUCCGUGGUGCACUCGCCACCUGGGGCUUGACCAUCGACGACCUCAGCGUUGCCUCCUUCCACGGCACGUCCACUCAAGCCAACGACAAGAACGAGUCGGACGUCCUGUGUCAACAAAUGAAGCAUCUCGGCCGCAAGAAGGGCAACGCGCUGAUGGGCAUUUUCCAGAAAUAUCUCACGGGCCAUCCCAAGGGUGCCGCGGGUGCUUUCAUGUUCAACGGGUGUCUGCAGGUGCUGAACAGCGGCCUUGUGCCCGGCAACCGAAACGCGGACAACGUCGACAAGGUGAUGGAGAAAUUCGACUACAUUGUGUACCCCAGUCAAAGCAUCCAGACCGAUGGUGUCAAGGCUUUCUCCGUCACAUCGUUUGGCUUCGGUCAAAAGGGUGCACAAGCGAUCGGAAUUCAUCCCAAGUACCUCUACGCUGCUCUCGACCAGGCGCAAUACCAGACGUACAAGCAGAAGGUCACUGCACGACACCGCAAGGCCUACAGGUACUUCCACGACGGCCUGAUCAACAACACCAUGUUCCGUGCGAAGUCCAAGUCGCCCUACGCCGACAACCAGCAGAGCCAAGUCUUCCUCAACCCGAACGCCCGAGUGUCAGUCGACAAGAAGACCGCCGAGCUCAUCUAUCCCGAGAAGGCUCCCAAACAAGCGCACUCGCAGAACACCACGGAGAUGGUGGAGUCGCUCAUGAAGAUCAAUGCCUCGGCGAAUUCGAACCCCGGAGUCGACAUUGAAAGCGUGGAUGCGAUUGACAUCCACAACGACACUUUUAUUGAGCGCAACUUCACACAGGCAGAGAUUGAUUACUGCCGACAAGCCCCGAACCCGCAGGCCAGUUUCACUGGAAGGUGGAGCGCGAAGGAAGCGGUGUUCAAGAGCUUGAACGUCGAAAGCAAGGGUGGCGGUGCGCCUUUGAAGGAUAUUGAGAUUACGAACAACAGCAGCGGCGCACCUGGGGUGGUUCUCCACGGAGAUGCCAAAGCCGCGGCCGAUAAGGCCGGAGUCAAGUCCACGACUGUCAGCAUCAGCCACAGCGACUCGCAAGUCAUUGCCGUCGCCAUCUCCUCCUUCUGA